ACUCCGCAAACAAUCGUUUUACUUAAAAAAAUGGCACCUUUUUAUUCCCAAAUUUCUCCUCCCUUCGAAACCCUAAAUUUCCCCCUAAAAUUGGUAUCCUCAAAACUUCAUUUUCACACACGUCGUUUUCAUCGGUUUACCUUGAAACCCAUACGAUCCCUUCCCCUUCCCCUUUCCCUUUCCCAUUCCCUUUCCCUUUGGUUUUGAAAAACCCAUGUUCCAUUUCCUUAAACUUAUCAAACAACUUCAGCAUCCUGAUUCCAAGAUGAAAGCUUUGAAGGAAUUGGAUUUAUUUGCGGUCAAGAAUGAAAGAAAUAGGAAAUACAUGGUGGAAGCUGGGGUGCCUAAAGCUAUGCUGUCGUUUAUUGUAAAUUGUUUCAAGGAAGACUGUGUUAGUGGCCUAGAGGAAGCCCUAAGUGCCCUUUUCUUAAUUCGAAUUCCAUCAGCUGAAGCAAAGUUGUUACCCAAACAAAAUGAUCAGAUUAUCAAAUCAUUGAUCUGGGUAUUAGGAUGUGAAUUCAACACCCAGGUUAUGGUUAAAUCCCAUGCGGCUUUAGCAUUGAAAUCCAUCAUUGAAAUAGCAAGUUCGGUUGUACUCAAAAGAUUAGAACCCAAGUUCUUCGAGAUAAUUGUCGGAGUUUUGAAACAAUGCACAACCAGGAUCACUCAACGGGGAAUAAAUUCAGCUUUGCAUGUUCUUUUAGACGCUUGCCCUUGGGGAAGAAAUUGGCUAAUGAUGGUUGAAUCAAGAGCAGUUUCCGCGCUUAUCGAGCUUGAAUUAGGAUCACCCGAAAAGAGAACCACCGAGCUUAUUCUGGGUAUACUCUUCCAUUUAUGUUCUUGUGCUGAUGGGAGAGCAGAGUUUCUCCGCCAUAAAGGCGGCAUCGCCGUUGUCACAAAGAGGAUCAUGAGAGUUUCACCGGCAGCCGAUGAUCGAGUAGUAAUGAUACUUUCGUUGAUAAGCAAGUUCUCAACCACCAGAUGGGUUGUUCAUGAAAUGUUGGAGGUUGGAACUGUAACAAAGCUUUGCAUGUUGCUCCAACUUGAUUGUGCAGCCUAUUUGAAGGAAAAAACUAUGGAAAUACUUAGAUCACAUUCCUAUGAUUGGCUCAAGUUCCCUUGCAUCGACAAAUCUGUCUUGACCAGAAGCAUUUGGCCGUCUCGUCUACUUGUCUCUCCAAACUAUUGUUGGUAGCUUGGUAUGGAGAGUGGAGACUGGAGAAUCGGAGAUGGCUCUUUAGGGCUUGGGCUAAGAUGUGGACUAAAAGGUGCUGCACUUGGCUGUUAGGGAAGAGUCUGCCUGGCAUUUGCUGAUGAGGUACUGUGCUGGCUUUACAGAACAGUCAAAGAGAAUGAGGACUACAUACUACAAUUCGCACCACCAUUCAAUCGAUUGGAGCUUCUACAAGCACAAUCCUGCCCUGAUGCGAUUACUAAUCACGUUGAACAAUCGUAGUUAUCGACAGACUUAUUUGUUAGUUUGUAAUUCAGAUAGUUCAAAUACAGGAUCAAAACAAAGAGGAUGGUUUAUAUUUUUACUAACUUUGAUUUUGCAGAUGAGCAUCACACAUGAUAAAGUUCCCCCAAGUUCAGCCUUUGUUUUAAAGGCAAACCCCCCAACUUGGUAGAUUCAUAAGUUAAAAAAUUGUCCUUUGGUAAUUAGAUUUAAAUAGCUCCCAUUUUAGUGUAUUGAUGAAACUCGUGAGAGGUAGAUGCUAUUUCUGCUGUGCUUUUCUAGAAGCAUUAUUGCUAUUAAUACAAGUUCCAAAUAUUAAACUUCAAUGGUUUCUAAAAGUAGGAUUUACUAUUUAAAUUGUUAAGAACUUUAAUAUUUAAUUAAACUUAAAUUAAAAAAAAAAAGAUUGUCUCUUUUUAUGUGGAUCUGCUUUGUCUCCUGAGGAAAAGGUUAGAUUAGAUGAAACUCAUUUUUCUGUUGAGUAGUUAUCUUUUUUAAUAAUUAUAUCUUUGACUUUCGUAUGUGUUUUAUUGUGCUGAAAGGUAAACUCGUAUACUGAUGAUAUUUUUGCAAGUACUGAAAUUUCUCAUUAAUUGAUUCUUUUUGGUGUUAAAAGUUUCAUGAUUGAUGAAAUUAGUCUUGACAACCAUGGGUGUUGUGAUGGUCCUAAAACUGGCAGACUCAGGGUAUUGGAUAAUCACCAAAGCUCUUUGAUUAUUUGGCAGAGGGUUAGUGAAGCACAGGAUAUAGCCACAAAAUUAGGUGGACAAGUCAUUGGUCACACAUGGCUUUUAGAAUCAAUUGCAGCAUGACUGAGCAAUGCUUCCUUUACAGGUGCUCAAAGAUAAAGCUUAUGAUGGUACAUCAUCGAUAUUUGGUCUUAUGGAGUUAUUCUCUUUGUUCUCAUGGCUGGUUAUUUGCCUUUUGAUGAGCCAAGCCUUAUAGGCUUGUAUAAGAAAAUCUGGGAGGCUUCUUUCAGCUGUCCAUCAUGGUUUUCAUCUGGUGCUAGGAAUUUGAUUAGCGUAUUCUUGAUCCAAACCCUCUUACCAUAAGUUUCAAAAAAUUUAUGAUUACAUGCAAUCUUUGAUCACAAUAUAAGCUUUAGCGCGUGCAUUUUGGUUGAAAUUCUGCAUGUUCUUUUUGGCAGCGUUUAACUAUUCUUAAAAUUCUACAAGAUGAACAGUUCAAGAAAGGGUACAAGCCACCAAAAUUUGAGCAAGAUGAGGAUGUAAAUCUUGAUGAUAAUAUCUUAUAUUUUACAUGGUUAUGAUUUAAGUCCUUAUUUCAUUGAUAUCUUUAUAUUUUAAUCUAAUUUUUAUUAUUUAUUUUAGUUUUGAUUCUAAAUUUUUAUUUUUAUUUUAAUAUUUUUAGUUAAAAUUUUAAUAGAAAGUUUAAUUUGAUAAUGAAUUUUAAUAGAAUAUUUAUAUCAUGGAUAUUAUUCUUCUCAAUAUUUUGAUAAUAAAUUUUAAUUUUUCAUGACCUUCAUAAUAUUUUAUAUUAAUUACUAUUUUUUUAAAUUUAAUGACUUUUAGCGGCGUUUGUGGGAAAAGCGACGCUAAAGGACUGGACCUUUAGCGGCGUUUGUGGGAAAAGCGCCGCUAAAGGUCAUGACUUUUAGCGGUGUUUUUUUAAAUAAAUGCCACAAACCUUAGCGGCGUCAGCUAUAGAGGUGUAGCCAAAAAAAAGGCCGCUAAAAGUCUAUUUUCUUGUAGUGACAUUGGCAUCGUUUUAUGAUUUUGUGUAAGACCAUGUCUAGGACAUUGGCAACAAUAUGUGAAAACAUGUAAGACCAUAUUUGGGAUAUGGCAUUGUACGAGCUAUAUGUGAUUUUCAAGCAUGCUUAACGAUGUCGAUAGGUUCAAUGAGCAAAUUCAAGUAGUGAUUCAGGUAAUCCCCAGCUUUAGACGAUUUCGUGCUGCGAGGGACUUGGAGGUGGCCACACGACUGCUGAGUCUUGCAUUUGACUUUGUUUAAUUUAUAUUUCAGUUUUGGGUUUUUAAUUUUGUAAUUAGGUCGUUCGUGGGUUUUAAUUUUUAAUUGGGCUUUAGAUUAUAUAUUUUUAAAUUGCUAGUUUAGGUAAAGAUGAGUUUUUUAAAACAAUUACUGUUUUCUAAGACACGCGUUUUAAACUUCAUCGAUUUAAAAAGCUUCUGCAUUUUUAAAUCAAUUUAUUAUAACAUUGACGGUUAGUAAGGUAAACAUUUUGACGAGAACUUUCGUUAAUUAAUAAUAAAAUGAUUUGAAUUCAAUAA